AUGCUUUUGUGCGUUGGGAAUUUUUUUGGCCCUACAUCAGUGACAGAAUGGGCAGAGUAUUGCAGCGGGGCCAAGAGAGCUCCAAUUCCAACCUAUGUGCUUGGUGCUAACGACCAGGAGACUGUCAGCUGUUUCCCAGAUGUCAGUGGCUGUGAAUUAGCUGAGAACAUCACCUAUUUAGGCCGGCGAGGGCUCUACAGUGGCACCUCUGGGCUGCAGAUCGCGUACCUGAGUGGCACCGAGGCCCAGGGGGAGCCAGCUCCUGCCUACAGCUUCAGCUCAAAGGACGUGGCAGAACUGAAAACAUCCUUGUUGUCAACCCCCAAUUUCAGAGGCGUGGAUAUCUUGCUGACAUCCCCCUGGCCCAGAGGUGUGGGGACUUUUGCCAACACUGCAGGAGAAAUAGAUACCAAGAAAUGUGGCUCCAAGUUAAUAUCUGAUCUAGCUGCAAGUCUCAAGCCAAGGUACCACUUUGCUGCCCUGGAAAAGGCCUAUUAUGAAAGACUUCCCUACAGGAACCACACAGUGCUACAGGAGGCCCCACAGCAUGUGAGCAGGUUUAUUGCGCUUGCUGAUGUUGGCAAUACAAGUAAGAAAAAGUACCUCUACGCCUUCAGCAUUGUGCCCAUGAGCUCCAUGGACCCUGCAGAGCUGGUCAAACAGCCACAGGAUGUCACCGAAAAUCCCUAUCGAAAAUCCCAGAAGGAGGCACAGAAGACCAGAGCACCCCUGUGCUCAGAGGAAGAACCAGCUUGUCAGUUUUUCUUUGAUUUGAACAAGCAUCAGGGGAAGAAACGUCCCUCAGAUGGGAAAGAGAGAGGGAACUCCCAACCUAAACAAGUCAGAAAACCCCCACAGCCCACAGGGCCCUGCUGGUUCUGCCUCGCCAGCCCAGAGGUUGAGAAGCACUUGGUUGUUAGUAUUGGCACUCAUUGCUACCUCGCCUUGGCAAAAGGUGGCUUAUUGCCUGAUCACGUCUUGAUUUUGCCUAUCGGACACUAUCAGUCAGUGGUUGACUUGUCCUCAGAGGUGGUGGAAGAAGUGACCAAGUACAAAUCUGCCUUAAAGGAAUUUUUCAGAAGCAAGGGAAGAUACGUCCUAUUUGAAAGAAACUAUAGGAGUCAGCAUCUGCAGUUACAGGUGAUUCCUGUCCCGUUGGAGCACUGUACUUCCGAAGACAUUAAAGAGUCCUUUAUCACACAGGCACAGGAACAGCAUAUUGAAUUAUUAGAAAUCCCAGAGCACUCAGACAUCACGCAAGUAUGA